GCUCCGGAUAAUAAUAAUAAUAAUAACGAUUAACUAUGGUAUUACCAUAAUUCACCAGCUGACUGUCGAAUUGUUUCGAAUAUGGAUUUACAAAGAGGGAGCUGUUUCCCCCGCCUAGGGAGAGCGUCAUAGUCGCCCCACCAUCCCACCGCCGGUGAGAGGCUUCGAUCCCACCGGACUUUCGAUUAUUCUACUUCAUCUCCUUUCUUUCUCUCCCGCCACUUGAAGAACUUGACAUCCUUUCUCUCAUCCAUCUUUCUUGUUUGCCGUUGUAUACCCAAUUUCCCCUGCACCGAUUCCAUCAUCAUGUCUUCCUCUCUCGAGCAGCUCAAGGCCACUGGCACUGUCGUGGUUUGCGACUCUGGUGAUUUCGCAACCAUCGGCAAGUACAAGCCUCAGGAUGCCACCACCAACCCGUCCCUGAUCCUGGCUGCUUCCAAGAAGCCCGAGUAUGCUGCUCUGAUCGACGCUGCCGUCGCUCAGGGCAAGAAGGAGGGAAAGACUAUCGAGGAGCAGGUCGAUGCCACUCUGGACAACCUCCUGGUUCAGUUCGGAAAGGAGAUCCUCAAGAUCAUCCCUGGAAAGGUCUCCACGGAGGUCGAUGCCCGCUUCUCUUUCGACACCCAGGCCUCCGUCGACAAGGCCCUUCACAUCAUCAAGCUCUACGAGUCCAUUGGUAUCUCCAAGGACCGUGUUCUCAUCAAGAUCGCCUCGACCUGGGAGGGUAUCAAGGCUGCGCACAUCCUGCAGUCCCAGCACGGCAUCAACUGCAACCUGACCCUCAUGUUCUCUCUGGUCCAGGCCAUUGCCGCCGCCGAGGCCGGUGCUUUCCUCAUCUCUCCCUUCGUCGGCCGUAUUCUCGACUGGUACAAGGCUGCCCACAAGAGGGACUACACUGCUGCCGAGGACCCCGGUGUCAAGUCCGUCCAGGACAUCUUCAACUACUACAAGAAGCACGGCUACAAGACCAUUGUCAUGGGUGCUUCCUUCCGUAACACUGGCGAGAUCACCGAGCUCGCUGGCUGUGACUACCUGACCAUUGCGCCCGCUCUGCUCGAGCAGCUGUACAACUCUAAGGACCCCGUUCCCAAGAAGCUGGACGCCGCCUCUGCGACCAAGCUGGACAUCCCCAAGCGGUCUUACCUGAACGACGAGUCGCUGUUCCGCUUCGACUUUAACGAGGAGCAGAUGGCCGUGGAGAAGCUGCGUGAGGGAAUCUCCAAGUUCGCGGCGGAUGCGGUCACCCUGAAGGAGAUCCUGCGCCAGAAGAUCACCGCGUAGACGCGGGACUGCGGUGCGACGUUUUAAAAAAUUUACCACGCCAGGACAGGUUACCUUACAUUUAAUGGAAAAUGUCACGAGUCAGAUUGAAUGACCAUACAUAGUUGUUAUUAUGAGUAUGAUUGAUUGAUUGAUAUAUAUCAGCAUGGAAGCGAGGGAUUGAGGGCCAAUGGCAGAUGGACUUUCGGUCCUUCUUUUCUGGUGGUCUACCAUUGUCACUUUGAUUCUUCUUUUUUCCUUUUUUUUUUCUCUCCCGUACUCUGCGUGUCCCGUCUCCUCUCUCUCUCUCUCUCUCUCUCU